AUGGGGGGGUCCUCAUGCAUUGAUCCUCUCUCUAGUGUUUGGAAAACCCUGUGGAAGCUACCAACUACCCCAGCAGUCAGGAUGUUCAUGUGGAAAGCAUGGAAUGAGGCCUUACCUACCAUGGCAAACUUGAUGAGAAGACACAUUGUCACAGAAAGCUACUAUCCAAUUUGCAAGCUAGAAUGUGAGACAACUGAGCAUGCCCUUUGGAGCUGUGAGGCUGCGAGGGAUGUGUGGAGUCAGUGCAGGAAAAAGAUCCAAAAGCUGAACCUAAACUGUGUUUCCUUUAAGGAAACCUGGGGCAUUCUUAGUCAGCAACUACCAGGGGAGGAGCUCAUGGAAGUGGCAGUAAUAUGUCGUUCUCUAUGGACCAGAAGAAAUGGUUUUAUUCAUGGGAAGGGUUUCAUGCACCCAAACCAGGUCCUAAGCAAAGCCCUGGAUGAAAUGGAGGCUUACAAGUCUAGUCGAGACCAUCAAAGCUCCAGUCCAGCCAGUCAUGGUGAGGGGUCAGCUAGUGUCUGGAUCCAACCUCCUGCAGGCUACUACAAGUUGAACUGGGAUGUAGCCAUCAACACUGCUCGGGGACUAGUGGGGGUUGGUGCCAUUUUGAGAGACCACAUGGGAAGAAGCAUCGGUACUAUUCAGGCCAGAAGGGAGCUGAAUUUGAAUCCUUUUAGUGGGGAAGCUUAUGCCUUAAUGAUGAGUGUGGUAUUUUGUAAGGAUAUUGGUGUUUCUAGGCUGGUAGUCGAGGGAGAUGCAAUACAAGUCAUCAGGCUUCUUAGUGGCAGUGUCCUUGACUGUAGUUACGGUGGAUUGGUAGUGGAAGAUGCCAAGAGGAAGCUGAACUCUUUUGCUACAUGGUCAGCAACUCACACGAGGAGGGAAGGCAACAAGGCAGCCCAUACUUUGGCCAGCAAUGCUCUUACUCUUUCGAAUGAUUUGUUAGAACUUGAACUUACGCCAGUUUGUAUUCAGCGGAUAGUAAGAAGUGAAAUGUCUGUAAUGUCUUUUUAA